AUGUCUCGUCUUCGAAUUUGUUUUUUUAGGAGAGAGGGAGACAACACCGUAUCUUCAAAAGAAAUCAUCAAAAUUUGGUUCAGUUGCUUUUUAAAUGGCAAGAAUAAGGAGAUGAACAACCGAACAAGACGAACAACAGGAAAGCGUGAAGAUGCAGGGCAUCAAGAGAGAAUCGAAGAGGGUUUAGUGAGUAUGUGUGAUCAAAGGGCAAGAAUGUUGCAAGAUCAAUUUAGGGUUAGUGUAAAUCAUGUACAUGCUCUCGCUGUUCUGGUGUCGACUUUUCAUUAUUACAAGAACCCAUCAGUAAUCGAUCAGGAAACAUUUGCAGAAUACACAGCAAGAACAGCAUUCGAGCGACCUUUGUUGAGUGGAGUUGCAUAUGCACAAAGGGUAAUGAAUUACGAGAGAGAAGAACUCGAGAGACAACAUGAUGGGACCAUAAGAACAAUGACCAAAGAGCCCUCGCCAUUUCGUGACGAAUAUGCCCCUGUAAUUUUCGCCCAAGAAACCGUUUCCUAUCUUAAAUUGGUAGAUAUGAUGUCUGGCGAGGAGGACAAAGAGAACAUAUUGAGGGCUAGAGCAACUGGGAAAGCAGUGCUCACAAGCCCUUUCAAGCUCCUGGGUUCUAAUCAUCUAGGGGUAGUUUUGACAUUUCCUGUGUACAAAUCAAAGCUUCCACCAAACGCAUCUGUUCAAGAACGCAUCGCAGCUACUGCCGGAUAUCUAGGUGGAGCUUUUGAUGUUGAGUCACUAGUAGAAAAUUUACUAGGGCAACUUGCUGAAAAUCAAGAAAUAGUUGUAAAAGUUUUUGAUGUCACAAAUACAUCAAAUCCAUUGAUCACAUAUGGGCGUCAAACUGAAGAUGGUGACAUGUCACACACACGAGUGAGUAUGCUUGAUUUUGGUGAUCCGUUUAGGAAGCACCAAAUGACUUGUAGAUAUCUUCAUAAAGCACCGAUAUCAUUGACAGCAUUUGCAACUGCGACUUUAGGUUAUGUGAUUGUGAUAUUAGCUGGCUACAUGUUUUACACGGGAGCAAUUCAUAUUGUUCAAGUCGAAGAUGAUUUUGACACGAUGCAACAAUUAAAAGUUCGGGCAGAAGCUGCUGAUGUUGCUAAAUCACAGUUUCUUGCGACUGUUUCACAUGAAAUCAGAACCCCCAUGAAUGGCAUCCUUGGGAUGCUUGCAUUGCUUCUAGAUACAGAAUUAAGUUCAACCCAAAGAGAUUACGCUCAAACUGCACAAGCUUGUGGAAGAGCAUUAAUCGCAUUAAUCAACGAGGUCCUGGAUCGAGCCAAAAUUGAAGCCGGAAAAUUAGACCUAGAAUCCGUCCCCUUUGAUAUCCGCUCCAUUCUCGACGACGUUCUCUCUUUAUUUUCUGAAAAAUCUCGACACAAAGGAAUCGAGAUGGCAGUUCUUGUUUCCGAUAAAGUCCCACAAAUUGUCAUCGGAGACCCGGGAAGAUUCCGACAAGUCAUCACGAAUCUCGUCGGAAACUCUAUUAAAUUCACAGAAAAAGGACAUAUCUUCGUUCAAGUUCAUCACGCCGAUCAUUCCAAAGCUGUAGUAAUGGACAUGGCUAAAUCGAAUGGGUGUGGGUCCCAUUUCAAAACAUUAAGCGGUUGUGAAGCCGCCGAUGAUAGAAACAAUUGGGACACCGUUAAACAAUUAGUAGCCCCAAUUGAAAACGUUGUUAACCUAAUCGUCUCCGUUGAAGACACCGGAAUUGGGAUUCCGGUGCACGCACAAGAUCUCGUUUUUAUGCCGUUCAUGCAAGCCGACAGUUCCACUUCUAGACUCUACGGCGGAACCGGAAUCGGAUUGAGUAUCAGUAAAUGUUUGGUUGAAUUAAUGGGUGGUCAGAUAAGCUUCGUCAGCCGACCACAAAUCGGAAGCACUUUUUCCUUCACUGUUGCUUUAAAAACCUGCAAAAAUGGCGAUGUGAAAAAAUCACUUUAUAAUGACGAUCUUCCAAAUUCCUUUCACGGAUUGAAUGUAACCUUGGUCGAUUCAAAACCAAUCAGAGCUGCAGUGACACGAUACCAUUUACAGAGACUCGGUAUAAUCGUUAAAACUGUCGAUACCAAUAUAAAAAUAUCGGAUUUGGGAUAUUCAAAACCGGAUCUACUUCUAAUCGAGAAAGACACAUGGUUAUUAAACGAAAACAAGAUGAAAAUUCAAAAUUUCCCUAAAAAGAUGGUUCUAGCAACAAAUAUAACGACUCCCGAAUUCGAUAAAUUAAAAUCCGCCGGGUUUUCCGAUACUCUGAUUAUGAAACCGUUAAGAGCGAGCAUGGUGGCGGCAUGUUUGCAGCAGGUUUUGGGAACAGGGAAGAAGGCGGAAACCAUGGCAAAAGGGAAAGGGUCAUUUUAUCUUCGGGGGUUACUUUGUGGGAAGAAAAUAUUGGUGGUGGAUGAUAACAGAGUAAACCGGAGAGUUGCCGCCGGUGCCCUAAAAAAAUUUGGGGCGGCGGUUGAGUGUGCCGAAAGCGGUGUUGCCGCCCUUGCUCUACUUCAGCUACCACAUGCUUUUGAUGCUUGCUUCAUGGAUAUUCAAAUGCCUGAAAUGGACGGUUUUGAGGUGACGCGGCGUAUACGGAUGAUGGAAAGGGAGGCGAAUGAGGGAGUAGGGAGUAUUGAAUGGCAUUUGCCGAUACUGGCGAUGACAGCGGAUGUGAUUCAUGCGACGUUUGAAGAGUGUAAGAGAAGUGGAAUGGAUGGGUACGUAUCGAAGCCUUUUGAGGAAGAAAAUCUUUACCAGGCUGUGGCAAAGUUUUUUGAAUCCAAAACCGGCGAACACACACAAAAUGGCUAACUGUCAAGUGUAAACAGAUGAUGUAUUAGGUUGCCUCUUAACUGGAAUUUUGCAUAUUGAUUGGGCCGAUGUAACUGACUUUGGGUUGGGUUUAACUCAACUAACGGCACUCUACUCUACGGGCUGAAAAGGAAUCAAUCUAAACACAUGUACAGAGCUUUUUAGUUUGUGUAGGGAGGGGUGGAUCAUGGACGAAUGAUGAUGUAUUGUAUGGUUUCAACAAUACGAUGUCGUUUGGCAGAUAUCUUUGUAUAGAAAUGUCUGUUUCCAUUGUAGGCCACGAGGGGCCACCAGACAAUAAUCCAUUUCCACUUGGGUAUAUUAUUAUUUCAGUACACUCGGGUACUUUUUUCUUAUGCAGUAUGCACAGAGUACAGCACUACAGCCCCUGGUGAAAGACACAUAAUGCUCCCAUUUUUAGUGGUGUUCAAACUUCAAAAUAUAUGAAACCUAAAAGCUGACAAACCGAUUUUACUUUUUAGGUUAACCGAACCAGUUUUUUUUUUU